CAAAUGCGCAUUAUCUGUGAGGAACGAAAAUUGGAUGAGUUGAAAUAAAUGGAAAGCAUUUCAAACAUCUAAACUCGGCUCAUGUUAUCAAUGAUUCAGACAACUGGACUUGUCCCUGUGGUGUUAUUGAAUUUGGUCAUAAUGUAUGCCUUGAACUGGUGAAAUUAAAAAAAUCAGCUAUUAAUGACUAAGCAUGGCUGAGAGUAUCGAGACAAGACAUGACAACUGGCUAAGAGUGGCCUGGGGACUCCUGUACGUAAAAGACGGACUUCAGGAAUACGUAGAUACAAAAGGCAAACAACAGUACCAAACGUUCGUGAACAAUGCCAAUGCAAAGUGUAAUAAUCAAACAUGUGAUCAAUGUCAAAUCAACAGUAAAUGCACAAAUGGCAGAACGAAAGUGACAGGUAAAUCUCCAUUCAGACAAGGCCAUUUCUGUGAUGAAAUGUACAAACAGAUACAAAACAAUCAUGAAAGAAACACUCCGUUGUGGAUAAAUACAGACUCUACGAAAUGGCAGGAUCCACACGUCGGUUACUGGGAGGUUGCCAAGUGUUAUCUCAGUUCUGCUGGCUACUUUGAAAAGACGGGGCCAAAUCAUGUGGACGCUUCAGGACUAUUAAGCAUCUGUAUGAAUAGUGCGUUUAUCAAACAACACAUAACAACUAUUCAGCAUUUUGAAGAGUUGCGAGAUAUAAGGAACAAGACCCUUCAUGAUGCCUACUAUGAGAUGGACGGACAGACAGCAGACGACUGCCUGGACAAGAUGAUUAAAGUACUGGAAGACCCACAGGAACUUAUACAUGAUACGUUUGCUAAGCAAGCCGCUAAUCACAUAAGAAAGAUCAAAGUUAAAACUGAAAAUACACCGACUAUAAUGACGGAAGCUUUACACAAAUGGCUGCGGAUAAACUUUGACGUAGACAAAUUUCUUAAAGAGAUCGAGUGUCUGAUGUAUGAUAGGCUACAAAAGGACCUUAAAGGAUUCAUAGUUGACGAGGUCAAACGUGAAGUAAAACGCAGUUUAGAUGACAGAGGUAACGACGAAAGGGAACAAAAAGUUGAAGAUCUACGUCAACGGCUUGUCAAGUAUUACCAGAAACAACUUAAUAGCACGCCUAUAUCGCCCCUGCUGUCGGACAAGGACGAAAAGCUUGAUAAGUUUUAUGUUCCUCCGAAGAUAUUCGAGAAGGAUCCCAGAAAAGUUGGUACAGAUGCGAAAGAAAAGGGAACUCCUGUGACAUCUUACAGACAGAUGUUCUGUAAAGCAGGUGGAUUAAUGAAACACGUGUUUAUUGUCGGCGAGGCCGGGAUGGGAAAGUCUUCCUGUUCCGCAAUGUGUGCCCUGAAAUGGGCCAAUCAGUUUUCAUCAACGAAAACGUCAAAUGCCACGGACGAAAAUGCUUCACAUCAAACGCCAUUUAAGCGUCUCCGGUCGAAAUGGCAACAUCCUACAAAUAUAAACAACGAUCGUGCGUAUACUUUCUUACCCGAAAAAGAGCAGAAUUAUCCUUUUCAGGACGAUUCUUUCUACAAGAAAAUCGAGUUUUUAUUUCACCUCCAUCUAAGAGAUAGUAGUGAACUCUGUCACAUGACGGACAUGAUACGAGAUCAGCUGGUCAGCCGAAUUUACCAAGAAGACGUGAUGGCUGAUGCUUAUUCAACUAUGAUGCAUGUACUGUCCGAUUACAAAUGCGUGAUCAUUGCAGAUGGUCUGGAUGAAUGGUCCCAUCCUUAUGGCACAAACUGCAAAUGUACAAGAGAAGACAAAGUAGUCCCAUAUUUAGCGCCAACCAUAGAUGCAAUUGUUGUGAUAACAUCACGACCAUGGAGAAUGUCACAGCAACGCGUUCAAGACACGAAAAUAGACAAAUAUCUAGAGAUAGAGGGAACUGCAGAUGUACAAUUACUGGUUCAGAAAAUUUUGAAUAGUCUUAAUGAAACAGUAUCGGAAAAGAAAACAUUAGAUGAUUUCGUUAAGUUUGUUGACAUAAUGAAACUCAAAUGUCUUCUAUCGGUACCUAUUGUAUCAAUGUUGCUUGUCUGCUUGUGGUUUCAGGAAAUGCCAGAAUCGAGUUCCCUGUGUGAUAUAUACGCAUGUUUUAUUGAAAUGAUGUUUGGUCGAAAAAAAUGGCAUGUGACUGUGGUACCGCAGACCAAUAUUCAGUUACCGCGAUGUUUCAAGAAAACAACUUGUAUACAGAACAACUACAACAUAGUGAAGAAGAUGGCUGAACUUGCUUUUACAAAAUUAUUUUCGAAUGACCGAACUUCGUUGUUGGUGUUUAAGGAAGUCGACAUUUUGGCGCAGGAUAAUCUUGUGUUUCUUUUAAAAUCGGGAAUAUUGCAAGAAACUAAAUCAGCAUCUUUAAUAAGAAAAGAAUCGAGUUACUCGUUUAUUCACAAGACUGUUCAAGAGUUCCUUGCUGCAAUACACCUGUUUUAUCAUCCAGAUGACUUACACAGUGUAUUAUCACCCAUUUAUGAGGAGAACGGUGAAAUUUCGGAUAUUUCACAGGUGUUUGUCUUUAUGUGCGGUCUGAACAUGGAGAUAGCAAAUGAGAUGACUGCCAUGAUAUCGAACAAUAUAUCCCUAGACAAUCUGUCUUUCGUGACUGAAACAAGGGUCAUUCAACUUCAGUCGACCAUUGCAUCGGGUUAUAAGGAGGCCAAAGCCAGUCAAGUGUAUCCGACCGCCACCCUUGUUACAAAACAAGACCCCAUUGUUCAUUUCCAUAGGGAGACCGCCACCCUUGUUACAAAACAAGACUCCAUUAUUCAUUUCCAUAGGGAGACAGCCACCCUUGUUACAAAACAAGACCCCAUUGUUCAUUUCCAUAGGGAGACCGCCAUCCUUGUUACAAAACGAGACCCCAUUGUUCAUUUCCAAAGGGAGACCGCCACCCUUGUUACAAAACGAGACCCCAUUGUUCAUUUCCAUAGGGAGACCGCCAUCCAUGUUACAAACUAG